AUGGCUUCGGCACUCGGUGCUCUGAGAAAUGUUGUUGAACCAGCUUUCAUUGUCUUUGCCUUUACCGUUGGCGCCCUCAUCAACCGCCGCAGACCAGAUCACGACGAUGACGUAGACUCCUGCGAGCGUGGGUCAGAGGAUUCCUGCUCACGCCCCACCUCUCCGCUCCUCAAGCCGGGGAUGCGUGCCGAGUCGGGUGAGGUGUCCCGCAUCAACAAGAAGCUUCUCGUGCGGUUCUAUCGCACUUUUCCUUUCCUCGCCGAGAUUUGGUACUGGAACGCAACAUACUGGGUGUAUCAACUCCUCCGUGCCUUCUCGGCGCGCAUGAUCGCCGGCAAUGAAGCCGUGUUUGCACGAGCGCGAGACCACGCAAUAUCCAUCCUGAAGCUUGAGCAUUGCAUCGGGCUUGAUAUCGAGCUCGGCGUACAGCAAUAUGUCCUCGACAACAUGCCCUGGAUGAUGUCGUACCUGGCCAAGAUCUACUACUUUCACAUCAGCUUGGGCAUCUGCUUCAUCAUCUACUGCUACACUUUCCUCCCGCCCAACACCUUUCAAAGGAUCCGACGAACCAUCGCUAUGGACAACGUUAUUGCCUUUGUGGUUGUAACAACUUACCGCUGCAUGCCGCCACGCAUGCUGCCAGCCGAGUAUGGGUUCGAAGACGUGCUUCAUGGAGCCAAGGGAGGAGGCAAUGCAUGGACUCACAAUAAGUUUCAGUUGACUAUCGCCGCGAUGCCGAGCCUUCAUUGCGGUACUGCAUUGUUCCUAGCGUGGUGCAUCUGCCGCUUCUCGCCUCAUCGUCCUCUCCGACUCGUUGCUCCCUUGUGGCCUAUGGCUAUGCUCUUCACUAUUGUUGCCACGGCAAACCACUUCAUUCUCGACGCUGUGGUUGGUGCAAUGGUUCCUCUUCUUGGGUGGAGGUUCAAUCGGGCUGUUCUUGUUUUGUUACCAUUGCAAAACAAGGUGCUUGAGGGAUUAGGCCUGAAAGACACGGAAGAAGAGAACACCCCGACAUACAUGCCCAAAGAGUGGUAA